UGAAAGCCCGGCUGCCUUUCAGUCCCAGUCCAAUGAGAGCAGCGGGGUCUGGGCUUGGAUCGAGAGUAGGGUUGUUCAAUCUGUGAGGAGGACAACAAGCAGCGGCUUAAGAGUACCGGAUGGCUGGAUGUUGGCGAUGACUAUUCCUGUUGGUCCUUGUGGUGACCAUGGACAUGGGUUAUCCAGCUGAACAUUGCUGCUGAGUUAUGUUCUGCAGAUGAUAUGAAAUGAUGUCCCAAACCUGAUCACGUACACUACUUUUGCAGAUGAGUUGCUGCUUGGCCACAGGACGUGCGUCCUAUAGCUGAGGCCGCAUGUUUAUCUGGAGAGAUGGAUCGCUGUAAACACGUGGGGCGUCUUCGUCUGAGCCAAGAUCAUUCCAUCCUCAAUCCACAAAAAUGGCACUGUGUGGAGUGCAGCACAACAGAUUCAGUGUGGGCCUGCCUCAAGUGCUCCCACGUGGCCUGUGGACGUUUCAUGGAAGAGCACUCACUCAAACACUUUCAGGAGUCACACCACCCACUGGCUAUGGAGGUGCGUGAGCUGGAUGUCUUCUGCUUUGCCUGUGGAGACUAUGUACUCAAUGAUAAUGCAGAGGGAGACCUCAAACUCCUCAGAGGGGCACUCUCUACUGUACGGAGUCCAGGUAGACGUUCGCUGCGCUCUGCAACUGGGAGAGAUUGCACCCCCUGGGUUGGGGAAGGUGGACCACAGCCAGCCAUGCAGCUGGCGUUGCGCCACAGGAGGAAAGCGCUCCUUGGGAAGAUGCUUCAGGUGUGGAUCAGCAAACAUCAGGAGCUUCAGAAUCAGCGUAAAGAGAAACUUGAGGAAGCUAGGAGACAAAAGAAAGAGGUAAAAAGGAGGCUUAUGGAAGAACUUGGCAGCGUACCUCCCAGGAAGAGUGCAAGGCUUCUUACUCAGGCGCCUCGUUCAACCAUCACACUCAUUCCUCGCAAAUUUCGCGACCCUCCAGAACGCCUACCUCCUCCUCCUCCUCCUCCCUCCAAGAAGCCUUCACUUAUCACCUUGUCUCGCAAAGCUCCCCAGAAUGGCAGAGCUGCUAAACUAAGGAGAUACUAUUCCACACAUGCAGUAACGCGACGGAGACUCGCUCCAGGUGUUACUGGUCUGCGUAACUUGGGGAACACGUGCUACAUGAACUCUAUAUUGCAAGUGCUGAGUCACCUGCAGAAAUUCAGGGAGUGUUUUCUCACUUUGGACCUGUGUGAAACUGAGGAGCUGCUGGCCAAGACCAAUCACUCCCAAGGGAUGAAGGGGGUGACGGGAGGUGUUGUCAGCAGUGGCAACACAGCUCUGUCAGAAUGCCCUCUUGGACGCAUGGGGAAGGCGGGCUGUUGGAAUUUGCCUGUGGGCAAAAAAGAAAGUCUCCCACCUUCCCCAAAGGCUGCAGAAUUGGUCCAGCCCAAGGAGCCUCGCUGCUCCACCCGCCAGCAGAUGUCUCUGUGCCAUGAGUUGCAUACACUUUUCAGGGUCAUGUGGUCAGGCCGGUGGUCUUUGGUUUCUCCCUUUGCCAUGCUGCACUCUGUGUGGAACCUCAUCCCAGCUUUCCGUGGUUAUGACCAGCAGGAUGCCCAGGAGUUUUUGUGUGAGCUGCUGGACAAGGUGCAGCAGGAGCUGGACACAGAAGGAUCCAAACGCAGGAUAGUUAUACCCAUCACAAAGAGGAAAUUGUCCAAGCAAGUGCUGAAGGUUCUUAACACCAUCUUUCAUGGGCAGCUACUUAGCCAGGUGACGUGUCUGUCUUGCAAGCACAAGUCCAACACGGUAGAGCCAUUCUGGGAUUUGUCUUUGGAGUUUCCAGAGCGAUAUCACAGUACAGACAAAGGCUCAGGCUCUACAGCUUACCAGCGCAGCUGCACCCUUACAGAGAUGCUGUCCAAGUUUACAGAGAUGGAGGCUCUUGAAGGCAGCAUCUACGCCUGCAACCACUGCAACAAAAGAAGACGGAAAUCAUCCCACAAACCCUUAGUUCUGUCAGAAGCACGUAAGCAGCUUCUGAUCUACCGUUUACCUCAGGUUCUACGGCUGCACCUCAAACGCUUCAGAUGGUCGGGGCGGAACCAUAGGGAGAAAAUCGGCGUCCAUGUGGCCUUUGACCAAGUUUUGAACAUCAAACCAUACUGCUGCACAGACUCAGAUCACUCUGUCCACAGAGGAGGCUACACCUACGAUCUGUCUGCUGUGGUUAUGCAUCAUGGUAAAGGCUUCGGCUCAGGGCACUACACCGCAUACUGCUACAACACAGAAGGAGGUUUCUGGGUCCACUGUAACGACUCUGAGAUGAAGGUUUGCAGUGUGGAGGAAGUGUGCAACACUCAGGCCUACAUUCUCUUCUAUACCCAGAGGUCUGCUUAGGUACCUCUCUCGCUGUGAUGUUGAUUUGUACUAAACAACCGAGGGCUGGAUUUAUGAAAAUGUUUUCCCAGAUGUCAUCAAUUUGAAGGGGUUUACAAAAGAAAAGAAAAGAUGGCAGUGGGAGGUGGAGUGAAAGCCACAGUAAUGAUUUAUGGAGUUAAAGUUAGUAUUGUAAUCCAGAUAAAGAUAGUGAUGGUUAGUUUUGCCAUGCUAAAUAGAAGGCAAACUUGAAUGAUGAUCAGACAGCUUAAUUGAGGCUGAUCAUAACUAAAAAAAAAAAAAAAAAAUCAAAAACC